AUGUAUGCAAGGCGUCGUGGUGGUGGGCCGGGAAAUGGGUACAGGUCUAAUGUGAUGGGGAUGGGCGGGGUGGCAGCUGCCUCUCGAAUUUCACCUGAAGGUUCAAUUAGAGGUCAUCAGAUGUAUAAUUCCGAAUAUAGAAAUUAUAAUCGCAGUGGCUAUGGACGUGGUGGCCACUCAAAGCCGUUCCAGCCACCCUUGCCACCACCGCGCGAGACUGACAUAUUUAUGGAAGCUGGUAAGCUAGCAGCUGAAUAUUUAGUUACUAAAGGGAUCCUGCCUCCAAAUGCACUUUCAGGAAAGUGGCAAAAUGGCGACUGGAAGAACCAGAUGGAGGAUUUUAUGCAGAUUCCUAUGGACAGUCGUACAUCAGCUCAUUCCCGUUUGGGGACUGCUGCUGUGGAUGUAGGUCCUGGCAGGAGAAGGUAUUCUGAUGAAUAUAACUUGAUGGGGUCGAAAAAUUCUAUGAGAGGAAGGAGAAGAACUGGGUCCUCCAAAAAUCAUGGUUCAGAUUGGAACCCAGAAUUUGUGAGGAGUGGGUCGUGGUUUGAUAGGGGCAGGACUUCACCAGGUAUGGAGGCUGACAAUGAUAUUUUUGCUGGACUUCAGGAUGAGCAGUCUGUUAAAAAAGAUAGUGAUACUGGAGUGCAGAGUUUGUCUGCUGGCGAGGUAACUCAAGAGAGUGAUAGUGCAACUGAUCUUCAGUCGGGCUUAGAGAAAUGCAAUUUAGCUGAUGAUGCAGGUGCAAAACCAGGUUCUUCUGGCAAUGAGAAGGAUGUCCCAUCAAAUGAUGAUGUGGAAACACCCAUCAAAGAGUCAGAUGGUAGUUCUACUAUGUCCAAUGAAGAAGCUGAGGAGGAUAAAGAGGGGAGAAAUUAUAAUGAUUUGGAGCAAAAACAUGACGAGAAUAUGGAGGUCACAGGUUCUUUACAGGACGGCAGUUUAGCAAGUGAGAACAAUGUUGAGUUGAUGAGGUACUGCAAAUUUGCAAAUGUUCCAACUAAAACUCGUUCGUCGUUGGCAACUAGGGGUUCAAAGGUUGACCUGGAUCCCAUCGCUGAGGAAGAGACCAUUAAUGAGGGCAAACUUUCUAAAGAUUCUGGGGUCCAAGUCAUAGAUGUGCCUUCUGAUGGUUCUGCUGUUAAUGCUUCAUCUCAUCAAAGCCACGAACCAAACAGCCUCCCUGAUGUUCUGAAAGCUCCAUCCGUGGAGGAAGAACUGGGUGUUGCACACACUUCCAGGCAGGGGCACUGCUCAAUGUCUGGAUCUUUUCCCAAGAGAUCUGUGAUUAAUCAUCAAGAAGUAGAUGGGGCGUAUCCUGGAUAUGGAAGCAGCAACCCCAUCUUUUUGGGGAGAGGUGAAAAACGACCUCUAGACGAUGACAUUGAUGGUAGGGAGGAAGCUAAAAGACCUAAGGAAUGGGCUCCUUCAGUGGAAACUCAGCCUGAUGGCUGCUUGCCCCUUUCCAUCUCAAUGGAAAAUCAGCAUAAGUCAGUAGAGCCAAUUUCUUCACAUAGUGAGCAUGUAACUUUAUCUACUGAUCAGAAAAGUUCAGAUAUUUCGCUGUUCUCCAAAAGCCACAUAGAGUCAAGUGAGUACGCAGAAGAAAAACAAUUAUUUCCUGGUUCCUUUAAGACUUGCGACCUUAAUCUUAUAGAAACUUCUGACAUGAACGAGAAUCAUGCUGCUGAUCCCAUUCUUAUGUUCCGGUCUAUUACUGAAACUGGAAGACACACAGCACCUGUAGAUUUUGAUUUGUCCAUGAGUAGUUAUAAUUGCAAUGUGCAUAAUAAAUAUGGAAAACGUGGAGUUGAUGAUAAAGACAUCGAAGUGAUUGAUUUGGAAGAUGAUUCCAUGCAAGAAUACAAUACUUUCACUAAUGCUGAGAGAAGGGCUGAUUCUGUAUUUAAUGGGCUGGAUAACUUUCCUGAUAAUGUACAUAAUGCCACUGAGAUUCCCGACCAUCAAGACGGUUAUGGACUUAUGAUAUCAGAAUUGCUCGAAAAUGAUUCUGUACCCACAGAUCUGAAUGCUCUGCACAAUGACAUGGGCCUUCAUAAUGGACAGGAGAUUCUUGGUGAUGACGAUUCAAUAUACAUGUCCUUGGGAGAAAUACCGAUAAGCUUCCUCAGGGCCUGGGAGCAGCCAACACAAGAAUAUGGGAAACCGUUUUGA